AUGAGAUACGGAAAUAUUAUCUUGCCCCUGGCGGGCCUGGCGUCCUCCUUCGUCAUUCCCGACACGGAGCUUUUUAGCCAUUUGGUUCCGGAGCAAUCCCAGCAGCGCCCUACUCCAGCGGCCCCACUCGAGCAGCACUUCUCGAUCGAGCAUUCCGCCGACAAGGUCGUCGCCUGGUGGGACAGCGUCCUCGAGCACCUGCCGAGCCGGGAGUCGCUCCUGUAUGCCGCCGGCGACGCAAUUGAUUUCGUCUCGCAGGGCAUCGAGAAUGGCAAACAGACGCUCAGCCACGUGCUCGACGACGAGCUGCGGCUGUUCUCUUCCGAGACGGAAAGCGACGACAGCGAGGCCGACCGCCCGCGCCGCGGCCACAAGCCCCACAGGUCCAACGAGAGCAUCUACGAGCUCGUUAAGAAGAGCAAGUACACUACCAAGUUUUCAAAGCUCAUUGAGGACUUUCCCGACGUCGUGGAGCUUCUCAAGAGCACUGACAGUGGGAACCUGACCUUGUUUGUCCCAACCGACAAGGCGUUUGAGAGAAUCCCCGACCAUGGAAAGGACAAGCAGCCACCCAAGGAUGUCGUCGAGGCCUUGCUCAAGUACCACGUUGGCAUUGGCCUUUACCCGGCUGGCCGUAUCCUGCACACGCACACCAUCCCGACCGCGUACAAGGAGUCGUGGCUCGGCGGUCACCACCAGCGCCUUCGUGCUCGCGUCGGCCUUGGCGGCGUGAGGAUCAACUUUUUCAGCAAGGUCGUGGGAGCCAACUUUUUCGCCAAGAACGGCGUCAUCCACGCCGUCGACCACCUCCUCGUCCCACCUCCCAUGGUCGGACGCAUCAUCUCGCUCGUCCCUCAACAGUUCUCCACCCUGCUGCUGGCGUACGAAAAGACCGACUUUGUCAACUACAUCCACAAGGUGCCCAUGGCCGGCGGGACCGUCUUUGCCCCCUCGAACCGCGCCUUUGAACGUCUCGGACCUCGCGCCAACGCCUUCCUCUUCAACACCGAGACGGGCAUCAAGUACCUGAAGGCGAUACUCAAGUACCACAUCGUCGUCAACCAGACCCUGUACAGCGACGCGUUUUACGGGCCUGAGCAUCGCGAAAACGGCCCGAGCUUCGGGGACGAGGAAGACGACCUGGUCGCCGAGGGUGAAUCGCACUACCACAUCGACCUCCCUACCCUCCUGGACGACAAGAACGUCGCCGUCGACAUCGGCCGUUGGGGCGGCUGGUACCGCGUCAAGGUCAACGGCUACAUCCCCGUGACCGUGCAGGACGUGCCCGCCCGCAACGGCGUCAUCCAGGUCGUUGGCCGCGUGCUGAUCCCGCCCCACAAGCACGGCAAGGUUGGUGGUGACAGGGUUGUUGAUGGUGAGAUCGACGUGGAGGAGCUCAAGGAGAGGCUCAAGGGUUACGUCGAGGCCGACGAGGAGGGGGAGAACAUGGGUGAGUUGUGA